AUGCGCUUCUCAUUCUUAUCCACACUCAUCUAUUCAUUCUCCAACAUUGCUAGGAGACCUUCACGCAUACCUCAUAUUCCAUCUCGCCCAGUUCCCCUCCGUUCCAUGUCUGGUAUUCCCUUUCUGAGUGCUCUAUUUGGCUCAAGCUCUUCCAAAUCCUCCGACAUGUCUUAUCCCGAUAAACGCACCAACGACGAGUGGCGGGCCGUCCUCAACAAAGAACAAUUCCGCAUCCUCCGUGAAAAGGGGACCGAAGCUCCUGGCUCGGGCACCUACGACAAGCAUUACCCCGAGCAGGGCGUCUACAGCUGCGCCGGCUGCAACGCGCCGCUGUACAAGGCCAGCCACAAGUUCAGCUCCGGGUGCGGGUGGCCCGCCUAUUUUGACAGCAUCCCCGGGGCCGUCGUCCGCCACGAGGACCGCACCUUUGGCAUGGCACGCACCGAGAUUGUGUGUGCCAAUUGCGGUGGCCAUCUCGGACAUGUGUUCAAGGGCGAGGGUUUCAACACGCCCACUGACGAGCGUCACUGCGUCAACAGCAUCAGCUUGAGCUUUUCGCCUGACGACAAGCCUGUGGAGAAGCCGGCAGAGAACAAGAAUUAA